AUGGCACGAUUACUGAUACUGCUUCUGGGUCUUACGGCCGUAAGUGCUGUGCAUGGAAUAUUUAUGGAGAGACUUGCUUCCAAGAAGCUCUGUGCAGAUGAUGAGUGUGUCUAUACGAUUUCUCUGGCUAGAGCUCAAGAAGAUUACAAUGCCCCGGACUGUAGAUUCAUUAACGUUAAAAAAGGGCAGCAGAUCUACGUUUACUCAAAGCUGGUAAAAGGAAAUGAACCUGGAGAGUUUUGGGCUGGCAGUGUUUAUGAUGACCGCCAGGAAGAUGAGAUGGGAAUCGUGGGUUAUUUUCCCAGCAACUUGGUCAAGGAGCAACGUGUGUACCAAGAAGCCACCAAGGUAGUUCCUACCACGGAUAUUGACUUCUUCUGCGAGUAA